AGAAGUAGGCGCUCCAGCCCAGAGCGUGCCAAAAUCUGCGGCAUGCACCACCAACAGGUCAAACCCCUCAAACAGGUGCAAGUUGUUUACUACCUCUCACGUAAUGGACUUUUGGAGCAUCCCCAUUCCAUGGAAGUCACCCUCGCUCCCGGCGAGCCUCUCCGUUUGAGGCAUGUGUUGGAUCGGCUCAUAGCUCUCAGGGGAAGUGGCAUGCCUUCUCUAUAUUCCUGGUCUUGUAAGAGGAGCUACAAGGGCGGUUACGUGUGGUACGACUUGGGAGUAAACGAUAUUAUACAUCCGACUGAUGCAGCCGAGUACGUUCUCAAAGGAUCUAAACUCCUCCGAGGCUGUUCUGAAAGAUUUCAGCAGCCUCAGUUGAGCGAUAGGCAAGUAUUGUAUCAGGGGUCUAAUCUAAACUUGAAGCGCAAGACAUUUCGGACGAGCCCGAGAAGAGAGACCGAAGAAUACGAAGAGCAGCGAGAUGAAGUGUACGAAGAUGGCGAGAAAACGAGCAAUACGAGCUCCACCACCAAGCCCCGUCCUCGCUGCUCUAGAGGUGUAUCCACCGAUGAACUCGAGGGGCGCCACGAAACAAGAAAGGUCAUCGCGAACGACAUGUCGUUGAGAAUUAGCUCCACCUCCAAGGCCACUCCGCCCGAUAAAAACGAAGCGAACGACAACUCUGGAAGAUUAUUGGACGGAGGGACAUCGGGCUCAGCAGCGAGUCGUAACUCGGUGCUGUUGCAAUUGAUAGCGUGCGGAAGCUCAGCAGUGGCGAAGGCACCGUGCAUGAGUAAUAUGGUGAAGAAGAACGACACUGUGGAGAAGAUGGCUGUGCGUAAGAGUGCAGAGAAACUGUCGGAGACCGAGAUGAUGAGAUGCAUGCCGGAGAAUCCAAGGUUCUGGAAUUCCCAAUCAGAGGAGAAAGAGUAUUUUAGUGGCAGCCUCGUUGAGUCAAUGAAGGCCCACUGGGAUGCGUCCAAGACCCAUGCGGUCCUCAAGAAGUCCAAUUCCUAUAACGAAGAAAGGAGCGAUGACAGGGUAGAGGAAGAAGAGGAAGAGAAGAAGAGAGGGGUAAAAGCAAAAUGCAUGCCUCGCAAGAAAUGUAGUGGUUCAUCUAAAUAGAUCAAGAAUUGAGGGUGGUCCCAUAUGGAUAUGGAGAGCAGGAAUGUGCGGGCUCUGUUAUUAUUGCUGCUAGUUAGAGCACUUCUUGUUUGCAGCAGAUCUUUUGGCCGAUGACGUUGAGUCUUUGACUUUUUGAUUUGAUUAAAGGGGUCACUCUUUAUCAUGGUUUACUCUCGUCUUCCUGGUUAGGAGCCUUGUGUUCUCACUUUUCCAUAAUUUGGUUAGAUAAUCUUCUGCUCCAGUUAUCAUUUGGGAUUGGGGCGGUCUUUUAUGAAUAUUCAGUUCAUCAGUUUCUGACUGGGA